AUGGUUCGGAAGGAUCCCAUCUUCGAAGCUCGUACUAAUGUGAAGUUACACUCCAACCGGCUUAAGAAAGAGGCCGCUCGCGCCGAAUCGACUUUCAAAUCUGAGAAGGCAAAAGCAGACAAGGCCAUGAAAAAUCGCGAGUUCCAGAUCGCCCGCAUCCACGCUGCCUCUGCAGUACGCGAGAAACGAAGACAGGUAACCCUCAAGGAGGAAGCAGCCCGCGCAGAUGUUAUCAUCAACGAGCUCAAGGCAGCACAAAGUACUCGUGAUACGUCUCGCACUUUAGCCCUAGCAUCUCGGGGCUUAGAUGCUGCGUCUAAGAGCGUGAAUCUUGAGGCGUUAGUCUCCCAUGCGAACAACUUUUUAGCACGCUCCGAGGAUUUCAAAAUCGCUAGUAGUGCAAUUGAGGAUGUUGCACAGGGCGUCUCUAUGCGAGAAUACGGUGCUGAGGGUGAAGCCGACGUUGACCGCCUUAUGGAGCAGCUUGCGGAUGAUGCGGGCGUGGACCUACGCAUGGCUCUGGAUGCAGACGCCGCCCCCAAAGAGGACGUCAAGAAUCAGAAAGAAGCUGAGGCAGACCUCGAGGAUGGCUUGGGCGCCAGGCUACGAGCUUUAAGGGCUGCGAGCUGA